AGCAACUUGUGCGGCUGCUAGCUCGCUAGCAUUAGCUUAGCGAUGCUUCACACAGCAAAGACAUGCUGAGACAACCAUGCUACUUCCAGCAGGGCACUAGCUUAGCGUCUUGACGUGGAACGUUUUUAACGCGGACACUCGGCGACGUCUCCGCGGUGUUGUCGGCACAGUCCUGCUUACCGACGGGGAAAAGAAAAGGUGGCCAUCCAUCGGCAAGGAGACGGUUCCUCGUUUAAAUGUGACUGUAGCCGUUGCCACAAUACGCUACUCCCAGCUGAUUCCAAAACAGGACCUCAUUGACCUUUUGGAAAGAACGCACUUCCUGUUGUGCAAGAUGACAGAAGAGGUGAUUGUCAUCGCCAAGUUUGACUACAUGGCCCAGCAGGACCAGGAACUGGACAUCAAGAAAAAUGAGCGCCUGUGGCUCCUGGAUGACUCCAAGUCCUGGUGGAGGGUUCGAAAUGCCACCAACAAAACGGGCUUUGUGCCGUCCAACUAUGUGGAGAGGAAGAACAGCGCCCGGAAAGCUUCCAUCGUCAAGAACCUCAAGGACACGCUAGGAAUCGGGAAGGUGAAGAGCAGGAAGGGAGGAAUGAGGGACACGGCCUCCAACGCCGACGCCGACAUGUACGCCGACAACGGCGAGCGCCUGUACGACCUGAACCUGCCCGCCCUGGUCAAGUUCAGCUACACGGCGGAGCGCGAGGACGAGCUGUCGCUGGUGAAGGGCACGCGGGUGGUGGUGAUGGAGAAGUGCAGCGACGGCUGGUGGCGCGGCAGCUACAACGGACGCUCCGGCUGGUUCCCGUCCAACUACGUGACGGAGGACGUGGACGGGACGGCGGGGGGCGGCGGCCCGGGCGGCCCCGGGGACCCGUCGGGAUCGCUCACGGAGAAGCUGGCGGCGGUGGUGAACAGCACGGCCAACGGCAGCAGGGUGCUGCACACGGUGCAGGCGCUCUACCCCUUCAGCUCGGACAACGACGAGGAGCUGAACUUCGAGAAGGGCGAGGUGAUGGAGGUGGUGGAGAAGCCGGAGAACGACCCCGAGUGGUGGAAGUGUCGCAAAGCGGACGGCCAGCUCGGCCUGGUGCCCAAGAACUACGUGACGGUGCUGGACUCCGCCGCCCACAAAAGCACGGCGGGGCCGCCCACGCCCGACUGCGACUACAUCUCGCCUUCGGGCAGCGGCCGCUUUGCGGGGAAGGAGUGGUACUACGGCAAGGUGACGCGCCACCAGGCCGAGGUGGCGCUCAACCAGCGCGGCGCCGAGGGAGACUUCCUCAUUCGAGACAGCGAGUCGUCGCCCAACGACUUCUCCAUCUCGCUGAAGGCGCAGAGCAAGAACAAGCAUUUCAAGGUGCAGCUGAAGGAGAACCUUUACUGCAUCGGACAGCGCAAGUUCAACUCCAUGGAGGAGCUUGUGGAACACUACAAAAAGGCGCCCAUCUUCACCAGCGAGCAGGGCGACAAACUCUACCUGAUCAAGGCCCUGUCCGCAUCCUGAUCCCGCCCUCUUCCCCCCCACUCCCCCUCCCUCCCACACACACACACACACUAACAUUGGAGCAUCAAGCCUGAAGACGCCACAAUCAUCAGGACCUCUUGACGUCUGAUGGGGCAUUCCAAACACAAACGGAGGAAGAACGUGGCGGGAGUUUUGGGAGACGAGCGCAGACUCCUGAGCGGACGAUGGACCCCUUGGCCACUUAUUUAUGACGUGAUCCAGAUGUUCUCUUCAUGUACUUCCUCCUCCGCCGGCUCAUCACAAGUCGCAUUUAGUUGGUCCAAAAAUAGAUCUUCUUUUUAACACUUUUUUUCUACUGAGACCUUUUCUUUUUUUUUACUUUUAUCGCUAUCCGACACAGAGCCCCUCCUGGACCUUUUUUUAUAGCAAUGCUCUCCUGUGUGUGUGCGUGUGCGUGUGCGUGGACAAGCUAAUCCGCGGCAUCAGCUAACGGCGAGUACAAAUGAAGCGACCAAAAUAUAUUUAUUGAUGGUGUUGGUUGUGGAGCCGGCCCGUCACGAUCUGCUUCUCUUAUUUUGGGUCCCUUGCGUUCGCCCAAGUCUCCAUCGCCACACGGACGUUACAUAGAUGGCCACCAAACAGACGUGACGUCUCACUCUGCACGCCAGCGGAGCGCCAUCCAGCGUUGCGUUAGGAGGUCAUGAGAAGAGCGUGUGGUGUCGCCAAAGGGGACGUUUCCUCGAGAGGAAGUGGGCUGUGGGGGCGGGGGGCUUAAACACUCGCCAUCUCUGCUGAGGGAAAAUGAGGGCAGCCCAAAAGAUGAUGUCACUGCGCUGGAAUUAGCAUCGCUGCAGGGAAGGCACCGGGAAAGGUCACUCGGGGGUCGUGGCUGAGAGACUACGUGUCUGUCGGGUUUGUGCAUCGUGAGAUGUUUGAUGAUGAUGAUGAUGAUGAUGAUGGCCGUGGUGGUUUAUCAUGACUUCUGCAGCCGCAGCACAAGAGAGGAAGAGUAGGAGGGAGGGGGAGUUGAUAGGAAAAGCAGGCCGUCAGUCAUGGAGAGGAGAAUGGAUUCCCGCGUAGAGCAUCUGGAAUUGUGCUGCUCGUGUUCCUUUGGGCGGGGAAGGGAAGGAGCCUCCGUGUUCCCAGGUGUGCGUCCCGAUGAGCGAUGACUGGCAACAGCAGAGUCGGCUCCCCUCUCCCCCGUGCAGAUUUACGGCCAUUUUGGCUCCGUGUUCACAUUCCAGGAAGAAACGUCAGGAAAAAGGGUCUUCAUCCAACCGACAUCUCCCAGCUUGUCUGCCUUUUGCGUUGGUUUCUGUUCCGUCACUUACGUCUUGUGAAGCGUCCUCUCUGACGUCAUGUGACUAAAGCAGUGGAGGAUUUGGGAGAGACAUUUCAAUGUGCCUUCACAGCUUUCCUGUCAACCAAAGUUGUUUUCUUUUGUUUGGUUUUGGCCGUUUGGUUCAAGCGUUGCAUGUGAUGACUGUUUUUGUUUAAUUCCCAUGCAUAAAAUGGCCAUUUGCAGAUAUCGUGUGUAGUCUCAAGUGUCCUUACAUCGCAGUUCUAAUUUACGAGAAUGCCUACGUGUACACGUUCAAAACAGCCUGACUCGCUCAUGAGCACCUCAAGUGGAAAGAGGACCUUUUUUGUCUUCUGGUGUCUUGUGUUUCAUGUCUGACAGCCGCGUGGUCUCACACACACACACACACACACACACACACACACACACACGGCUCAUGUAAAUGUCUUUGACUUGAUAUUCAAAUACAAGUGCAAAAAUCUCCCCGCUUAGCAUUUGCAUAUAAGAGCCUAUCUUUUGUGUCUUUGCACCAGCCGAGGCCGCAUGAGCACAUCCUCGCCGCUGUACAGAACAAUCUGCUUGAAAACAAAAAGACUUUGGACGUCUCCCGGGACUAAUGUUCCAAACAAACGAACCAUGUUAACUUUGGUGCUUUUGUGCUGCUUUAUAACUCUUUAUUCCCCCACUGUUUUGUGAUUGAAGAAAACAGAUCCAUGCUGUGAAA